AGUUCUGUUCUUUCACUGCUCCAUCCGGGAAUUUUCGAAUUAGCAUUGACAGCCGAAGCGCAACUUUUCCCCAGGCAAAGUGAAAUCAAGCCGCUCACUCGGACAAAAUAUAGUCCCCACUAUUCAACUAAAAAUGAUCAAAAGAAACAUAAAUCGACCGUUUGGAGAGGAUGCGUCGACGCGGCGUUAUUUUUAGAGUGGAUCUGUCCAGGUGCUGAAACCUUUCCCCCGUGUUUAGAGCACUUUGCUCAGCGGCGUAAAGUGAGUGAUGAGCCCUCUACACAGCAAAGAAGCAAGAACUUGCUUUGCAGCCUGAGUAGUUCUUCUUUCGAUUGUUAUUUUUGUCGGCUUUAACAAAAAAAAACAUUUUAAUUCACUUAAACUUCACAUUGAUUACAUCGAAAGUGGUGCAAAAGUGUUUUUGAAGUCGGAACAUGGAACUACAAUGCCUGCAAGAGGCGUUGAAAGUCAAGAUUCAAAGUCAUCAGGAUGGAGAGCUUAAGAAACAACUACAGGAAAGGCACGACAGAAUAACUGCCCUAAGCGAAAAACAAAAGAAGCUGACUGUUAGAAGUUGUCCCGUAGUAGGGGCCACCAAGCCCCUCUCCCUCAUCAAGCCCCCUCCUCCUCCCUCCUCACAAAGCAUCUCCGUUCUACCGGCCAACCCGGUCGCCAAGACAGCUCCCGUUGCCAUGGUGACAGCGCACAUGACCGGUGGACAAAAGGUGGUGUCGGGAAGCGCAGCUCCAGGGAGCUCCUCCUCUCCUCCUCCUCUACAGACAUCCUCCAUCAACCUCCAGACCAAUAGAGGGUCGGGGGGGCGGUGCUACAGCCUUACAGUAGGAGAGAGAUGCUGGGAAACCUAACAGUAGUGCCCAUCAAGGUUCCUCAGGUCAGCUCUCUACACCGGCUGUCUGGACAGACCUCCACUGUUCUACCUCAGGUUCAGCCAAAGAGUGGGAUCCCAGCCAGCCUCCUUCCCAGCCACAGCUCUGUGUCUCUCCCUAGGGAACAGCCAGCCAGCCUCCUCUUCAGCCACAGCCCUGUGUCUCUCCCUAGGGAGCAGCCAGCCAGCCUCCUCCUCAGCCACAGCUCUGUGUCUCUCCCUAGGGAGCAGCCAGCCAGCCUCCUCCUCAGCCACAGCCCUGUGUCUCUCCCUCAGGAGCAGCCAGCCAGCCAGAAACAGUCAUCCUGUCAGGCCCUCAGUCUCCUCAACCUCCAGAGAGCUACCGCUGUAGUCAGCCCUAAGAGCCACGCCCACAGUUUUAACCACACCCACAGCUCGAGCCACACCCUCACCCAGAGCCACACCCUCGGCCCGGCCCUGCCUACAGCCAACAGCACGUUCAGCCCAGAACGUCGCUCCAUAGGCCAGGGAGACACAGCCACCUUCACAACCUCCUCACCCCCUCCCCUGGCCCAGACCCUGGCCUCUCCCCUAGGCCAGACCCUGGCCUCUCCGCUGGCCCAGACACUGGCCUCUCCCCUGGCCCAGACCCUGGUCUCUCCCCUGGGCCAGACACUGGCCUCUCCCCUGGCCCAGACCCUGGCCUCUCCCCUGGCCCAGACCCUGGCCUCUCCCCUGGCCCAGACCCUGGCCUCUCCCCUGGCCCAGACCCAGUCUCUCUCCCCGCAGCAGCAGCCCAACAGCCACCUCAGCCUCAGUUGCCCCCGGUGUGACCUUCUCCAUCAUCUCUGCCUCUCCGCCUACCGACACCGGGAACAACAGGGUGUGGACCAUCAUUGA